GCGCUGCUGCCUCCGGGGGACCCGGGGUUUCUCGCGCCUCGCUCGCGCCUGUCUCGGGCGUGGCCGCGGGAUGGACUCCCCGGAGCGCUCGGAGCGGGACGGAAUGGACUUCGUGGUUUUUGAGGAUGUGGCUGUGAACUUCACCUUGGAAGAGUGGGUUCUGCUGGACAGUGCUCAGAGGAAGCUGUACAGAGAGGUGAUGCUGGAGACCUGCAGGAACCUGGCCUCCGUGGUUGUUACAGAUUGUCACACUCAAGUAAAAACCAGUGGAUCAAGCCCUCAUGGUGAUAUUUUGGAAAAGGAAAUAUCCUGUGGAGAGAAAAAAGUAAAAUUCACAAGAAAUGAUUCCUGGCCUUUUUUUCACAAAAAGUGGAUGUUUCAUAAUUUUGAGGACCAGCACCAAAGCCAGGAGAGUGUCCACUAAGUAGGAGCUGCAGCUGGAGAAGAGGUCAUCAGUCUGAAAAGCAGAGACCAGAGCCAAGCAGAAGCGGGAGCUGGGAGUUGCAUGUGGUCAAAGCGUGUCCAUGUGCUGAGCAGACACAGGAGUGGGAGCCAGACAUGGAGAGAGGGAUAAGUCCCUGUGGUGGCCCCACCCCUAGU